ACUGCCUGCCCUCCAGGACACCUACACCACCCGAUGUUACAGGAAGGCCAUAAAGAUCAUCAAGGACAUCAACCACCCGAACCACUGCCUGUUCACCCCGCUAUCAUCCAGAAGGCGAGGUCAGUACAGGUGCAUCAAAGCUGGGACCGAGAGACUGAAAAACAGCUUCUAUCUCAAGGCUAUCAGACUGUUAAACAGCCACCACUAACAUUGAGUGGCUGCUGCCAACACACUGUCAUUGACACUGACCCAACUCCAGCCACUUUAAUAAUGGGAAUUGAUGGGAAAUGAUGUAAAUAUAUCACUAGCCACUUUAAACAAUGCUACCUUAUAUAAUGUUACUUACCCUACAUUAUUCAUCUCAUAUGCAUACGUAUAUACUGUACUCUACAUCAUCGACUGCAUCCUUAUGUAAUACAUGUAUCACUAGCCACUUUAACUAUGCCACUUUGUUUACUUUGUCUACAUACUCAUCUCAUAUGUAUAUACUGUACUCUAUAUCAUCUACUGCAUCCUUAUGUAAUACAUGUAUCACUAGCCACUUUAACUAUGACACUUUGUUUACUUUGUCUACAUACUCAUCUCAUAUGUAUAUACUGUACUCGAUACCAUCUACUGUACCAUCACUCAUUCAUAUAUCCUUAUGUACAUAUUCCUUAUCCCCUUACACUGUGUAUAAGACAGUAGUUUUGGAAUUGUUAGUUAGAUUACUUGUUGGUUAUCACUGCAUUGUCGGAACUAGAAGCACAAGCAUUUCGCUACACUCGCAUUAACAUCUGCUAACCAUGUGUAUGUGACAAAUACAAUUUGAUUUGAUUUGAUUUGAACAGCCCUUAGCCGUGUUUAUAUUGGCCAUUUACCCCAAACCACGGAGGUGCCUUAUUGCUAUUAUAAACUGGUUACCAAUGUAAUUAGAGCAGUAAAAAUAAAUGUUUUGUCAUACCUGUGGCAUAACUGUAGUUAUACUGCACUCUGACUGUUCUUUCAAUGACAGUCUGACCAGGUGAAAGCUAUGAUCCCUAUGAUCCCUUAUUGAUGUCACUUGUUAAAUCCACUUCAAAUCAGUGUAGAUGAAGGGGAGGAGAUGGGUUAAAGGGGGAUUUUUAAACCUUGAGAGGGUGAAUGGCAGGGCAAAAUAUUGAGUGCCUUUGAACGGGUAUGGUGGUAGCUGCGCUAGGCGCACCUGUUCUUCGUGUUUUGUACAAUCAGUGUAUAUUUUUCACAUUGAUGCCGUUUAUUUUUGUCUACGCCAAGGUUAUUGUAGGGUUAAGUGGUGACGUGAAACUAAAACAACAAGGGUGAUGAAUAGGCUAUGGGCUAUUUAUUGCCUAAUGUAAAUGAUAAGAUUAUGAAACCAGCCAUGAUGAGUGGCUACACUUGUUGCGGUCAUGUGACGAAGCAUUAACCGGUCAAAUGGAGAGUGAGCGCGCCCUGCAUUCUAUGUGACGUUAAACUGCUGUACAAUCACCUCAGUUUUGGAUCCGUGCGUGUCUAGGUUACUCAGCCUAAAUCACAACUAGUCUCUAGUCACAACUGUUUUAAACGAUGGCUGAAUGUUUUGGGAACGACAUAUAUAUAUAUAUAUUCUACAAUUGGGUUAAGUCUUAGAAUAAAGAAAACAUGUUACAUUUCGUCUUGCAAGAUGUCUCAAACAACACGGAGCAAAACACAACGACGCCUGAGGACUGGACUGUUGUAAGUCAUUUACAAGUAUUGUGUUAAGUAUUGUGAUUAUUCAUUUGUAGUUGUCCUGUAUUUAAACUACUGCAAAGUGUACAGCAAUAUGUAUUUCUUAGUUGAAGCUACAUCGUUGCCACAUGUGUCUGCAGCAUGGCUUUUGGGGGGUGGGACCACCCUCUAGCACUGUAGAAAGUGGAUGAGAUUAUUCUCCUCAGUUGACCAGAGUAGUGUUAUAGGAUAGUGACUGUUUUGGUUUCUAAUCAACACCUUUCCCCUGUAAAGGUGUACUUUGUAGUCAGGUGGAUCCAGAUGACUAUGGCAGUGCUGAGCAUUGUCGGUUCAGGUUCCAUAAUUUUUUAUGCAACUUUCCAACACCUUAUAAGGACACCUGAGAUCCAGCCAUUGUUCUUACUGAGUGUGACAGACUUGCUGCUGGCAGUCAGCUGGCUGGUAGGAGCAGUACUGUUCACCCAGGACUGUGAUAGCCAUGCCACCUGCUACAACCUACACAUCGUUGAACAGAUCCUGUAUAUGACCUCGUUCUUCUACACAUUGAACUAUGUAUGGACCCUGUACUCUGGGCUAAAUAACAGAUUCUACAGUAGCCUUCAUGGAUACCCAGCCCAAUGCGCCACCAAACUGAGAAGUUUCAGCAAGAUUGCUGCAGUCCUGUCAUGUGUCCUCCCCGUGCUGCUGAUGCUGCCAGUGUUUGUAACAGGAAACAUGCACCACUGUUACACAAACUUCAGCCAGCCUUACAAGUGCCUUCUAAUGCACACGGAGGCACUCUUCAUGUCCACUGACUUGAGCAAGAUGGAGGUGGACUCAGCUUGCCGCCUGGGACACAUGUACAGUAUUGCUGUCUUCCUGGCAGUGUUCCUCCUCACCUUUGUUGGCAUUGUGGUGCUCAUGGGAAAAGCCCGCACUGUUUACAGACGUUGUGUGAGUUCUAGCGGUUUCCUCGGCGACAGGCAGUGGGCGUCGCUUCGUGUUCUGGACCGACACAUGCUCCUCUACCCCUCUGUCUUCUUCUUCUGUUGGGGCCCAGCAGUGUUCCUGGCAGCCAUGAUUCUGUACAACUCCAAAUCAGUGGAGGGAGUUGUGGGCGUCAUUCUCUACAUCUUACAGGCCUUCACCUCAUCCUCUCAAGGCCUUCUGAACUGUGUGGUGUACGGCUGGACACAGACACACUUCCGCUCAGCUAGCAAAGAUGCUCUAAGGGACAUGGACACCCAGACGCCACUUCUGAGAUCUCAGAAGAAAGGCUAUAAAACUCUAUGGUCAACACCAUCCCCCAAACCAGAUGAUAUAGAAUGAUCUGGUAUUCUACCGACACCACAUUAAUUUACUAUGGUGGUUGUGACACUGGCAAAAUAAAUUAAACAAAGCCUUUUGUGCCAGACUGGGAGUGACGGUUUGGUUUUGAAUCUUGGGGACAGUACCUUGGGAAGCACCUGUUAUACCAAUGAAGCAAAACACCCUCAGCUGUACACA